AUGUCUUCUAAAGUGUGUGGUGUAAUUAGUGUGAUCGAUAAUGAUAUUGUCUUCGAUCACAAUUCUCAAAAUUAUACGCUUAAGGGUCAAUUAAUCAAUAAUUCUUGUCCUAAUUCAAAUUGUGAUAAUGAUAAUCAAAAAGUUAGUUCUGCUUUUAUAACAUUGGUAACUUUACUUAAUGGUAUUGAUGAUGAGGAAAAUUUAGGGAGUGACAAAUUUGCUGAGUACGCUAUUUUAUGGUUAAGUUAUAUACUAAAUCAAAAAACAGAAAAUGGAACCACCAAAUUAAAUGAUUUUUAUACUAAUCAUAUAGAAAAUGAUACAUAUUAUAAUCAGAAAAUACCUGAUGAUAAUGAUACUAAGAUUAAUAAGGAUGUUAUAAAUAAAAAAAAAGAAUUGAUGAAAAUGAAUAUUAAUAUUAUAUCUAGUUUUUAUGAUGAAUUUAAAUCAUUAUGUAACAUGUAUAGUGAACUUGAUGCAAACAACAAUCAAUGCAAGAAAUGUUUUGACAAUGCUGGAGAAUUUUUUGAAAGAUAUGAAAAACUUAAUAAUGUUCUUGUUAUUGCUGGAGGAAGUUCUUAUUCUCAAAUAUUGUCUAGUUUAUCAAAUGAUUAUAACAAAUUUAAAGAGAAAUAUAAUAAACUUGGAUGUAAUAAUUCUUCACCACUUGUAGCUUGUCCACGAAGUUCAGUAACAAAAAAUACACUAAUUACAAUUGCAAUUACAUUUGUUGCAGCAUCAAUUUUAUUGGGAGUUUCUUAUAAGUAUUCGUUAUUUGGAUUUCGGAAACGACCUAAAAAACAACAUUUAAGAAAAAAGCUAAAAAAAUAA